AUGAAUCAGCUCAAGCAGUCCCUCGGCGAGCAGUCCGAAUUGCUGUCUGUCCUGCACAAGUUUGCCGAAUCCAUCUACACCAACCCUCUGAACCUCUUGCUCCUCGGCCUAAUCCUCUACAUCCUCUUGCCGCUCGUCUCGCCAUCAUCACCGCUCUCCUCGCGCUGGACACCAUCGCUAGCCGAAGCGCGCUCUCACCUCGCCGCUCCGUCCGAUCGAUACACCUACCUGCCCCCGCACCACCCCGACGUGAUCGAGAGGACAAAGUACACGCCGCGCACGCUCGCCGUCUACGAUGGCACAGGCACAACCCAAGACGGCGAACGCAUCCUGCUCGCCAUCAACCGCAAGGUGUUCGACGUGACCAAGGGCAAGAACUUCUACGGUCCCGGCGGGCCGUAUGGCAACUUUGCGGGAAGGGACGCAAGCAGAGGUAUGGCCAAGCAGAGCUUUGAUCUCGACAUGCUAACGCCUCUGGACAGGCCGAUUGACGCGUUGGAGGAUCUGACUCCGAGCGAAGUCAAAAACAUGAAGGAGUGGCAGGCACACUUCACGGGCAAGUAUGGCAUCGUUGGCGAGCUCAUUGACGAAAACGAGGCGUGA